CACCAGUGGGUUGCGGGCGAGCGCACCGUGCCCGCGGCGAGGAAGCGGCGCGGCGCGGGCGUGCGGGCAGCCAGCUGGCUGCAUGGCGCGCUGCGAGCUGCUACGCGGCGCGGCCCUGCGCGACGUGCUGGGCCGGGCGCAGGGGGUCCUGUUUGACUGCGACGGGGUGCUGUGGAACGGCGAGAGCGCUGUGCCGGGAGCCCCGGAGCUGGUGGAGCGGCUGGCGCGUGCCGGCAAGGCGGCGUUGUUCGUGAGCAACAACAGCAGGCGCGCGCGGCCGGAGCUGGCUCUCCGCUUCGCGCGCCUCGGCUUUGGGGGGCUGCGCGCCGAACAAGUCUUCAGCUCCGCGGUGUGCGCCGCGCGCUUGCUACGCCAGCGCCUGCCCGGGCCGCCGGACGCGCCGGGCUCAGUGUUCGUGCUGGGCGGCGAGGGGCUACGCGCCGAGCUGCGCGCCGCUGGGCUGCGCUUGGCUGGGGACCCCAGCGAAGACCCAGGCGCGGCCCCGCGCGUGCGUGCCGUGCUCGUGGGCUACGACGAGCACUUUUCCUUCUCCAAACUGAGCGAGGCGUGCGCGCACCUGCGGAACCCUGACUGCCUGCUGGUGGCCACCGACCGCGACCCGUGGCACCCUCUCACCGACGGCAGCCGGACCCCUGGCACCGGGAGCCUGGCGGCCGCGGUGGAGACAGCCUCAGGACGCCAGGCCCUGGUGGUGGGCAAGCCCAGCCCUUACAUGUUCGAGUGCAUCGCGGAACACUUCAGCGUGGACCCUGCCCGCAUGCUCAUGGUGGGCGACCGCCUGGAGACCGACAUCCUCUUCGGCCACCGCUGUGGCAUGACCACCGUGCUCACGCUCACGGGGGUCUCCCGCCUGGAGGAGGCCCAGGCCUACCUGGCAGCCGGCCAGCAGGACCUGGUGCCGCACUACUACGUGGAGAGCGUGGCGGACUUAAUGGAAGGGCUGGAGCACUGAGGCCACCUGACCUGCACCCGCAGCCCCGCCCCUCCCCACCCUGAUCCCGUAGCGGAGGUGACGGCCACCAGGAGCUGCUUGAGUGCCACCAGCUCUCCCGCCCCAGUCCCUACACCCUGCUGGGGCUGGGACCCAGGGAAGGUUACAGGGCCGUUAUAUCCCUUCCCAGGGUGGCGGAGCACUCUUUGCUGUGCCAGAAGUUGCCCCCCCUUGCCCCACUGGUUUGCCCUGGCCUGACCCAGCCAAGGUGGCCUUUUGUCCUGCCCUGUGAUGGCCCCUUGUUGAAAUCGGGGCCCUGAUGCCCACUGAAGAUUUCCCCCAACCCUGAGCCCUUAACUCCCUCACCCCCCCGCUCCCCCCCCCCCCCCCGGGCCUCUAGAGAGCUACCUGCUCCCGGGCCUGGCCUUGGGUUCCUGCUGGCCAAUCAGAGGUCUAGGUAACCACAAACCACUGUUGUCCUGAGACCCAAAUGGACCAAUCAGAAGGCUAAGACAUAGUGAUUCACUGAUGUUGGGUUCUGAGUGGACCACCUGGGCGCGUGCGUGACAGUGACCCUUUCAUGUCCUAGAUCCUGGGCAGACCAGCCAGGACAGCAGGUGAUGGCCUGCUGGUCUCAUAGAUCCUGAGUAGGACAGAAGCCUGGGAGGCAGUGACCUCUUGACAACCCGGGCCGCACGGGGUGAGCCGGGGUCCAGGUUUCUGUCCGUAGGUGAGGCCCACGCACUGAAGGCAGCCCUCCACCACCGCUACCAUGUCCACGGGGCCACUCGAUGGCUCUGGGGCCGCCGGAGCCAAGCGCCCUGCCCUCCCCGAUCUUGGUACCGGCCAGUGUUGAUGGCGGCAGCCGCUCGGCAUGGGGGCCUCCGUGUCCCUGCCUGUGCCAUCAGUGUUGGCUGUGCCACUUCCCCCCCGCCCCGUGCCCGUCCCGGCUACCUAUUUAUCAUUGUGUGCCAGUGCCGGUGGGGGUGGGGGCUGGGCCUCCCUGCCGCCUCCCCCUUGUUGUGACUAGUCCUCCGUGCUGAAUAAAGUGCGAGUGGGA